AGCAACUUGAGGCAGUGGUGCUUGUCUGUUUCCAAGGAAACCAACUAAACUGCUAACAUUGAUUGGUUGCUAGCUCGGGGUUCUCUAGAAAACAAUUUCAAAUUACUGCGUUUCAGGACUUUGCCAGUCCCACACAGUUGCUACCAUGGGGGUAGCGCUGACCAGAGCAGCGCAAUGGACCACAGCAAGUUCUGGGACUGGAAAACUGGAGAUCACUCCAGCCAACGAGUCUCUGCUGAAAGAGAUCCUGGAGUUUGUGGAACAGUUCAGCUCCAGACACCCUCAGGAGGCCAAGCAUGUGUUCAAGGAGCCGUUGCAGUGGACUACCUAUUUGGAGGCUUCUGAUUUCAAAACAGAGUAUGACAUCAGUGGCCCGGCUGUAAAGUCACAGGAAACAGACAGGGAUGGGCAUCCUAUGUUGCAGCUCACCCCUCCGAGCAUUUCUGUGCACAGCUUCAGUCAGCUGUCCAAAAUAGUGCAGCUGGCAACGGAUAAGAAGCUCAAGGAGGUCCGAGCUUGCCUGGAAGCCAACAGAGACCCUGUUGCGAAGAUGCUGGGACCUAGCUUCGCCACAGUGGAGGGGGAGGACAGCUCUGUGCUGCGUCUCCUGGAGGAGGUAAAGGAGGGGGACCAGGCCAAGGAGACUGAGAUCAAAGUGAAGCUGAUCAUCCUACUGCAGCAGCUGGACACUCAGCUCCUCAGCAACUCCCUCAAGCAGAUCUCCCAGGAGGUUAGGCUCAGUCCUGCCGCAGUGAAGAAUGAUGUUGAGCUGCUGAAAAGCUUCUGCAGUGAAGGGGAGAAAAGGGUGUUGACGUCUGUUCAAUACACAUCAGAUUAUGAGUUCACCAAUGGCUGUCGAACUCCUCCUUGGAGGCAGGUGCAUGGUGAGAUCUGCUACCUAGUGAUAAAGCCGUGUGACACUCAGCCCCUGCACAUCACCUGCAGCACAGCUGGAGUCUUUCUCAACGGGGGCAUAAGGCAGGAGGGUGAGGAAAAUGCCUAUGACAGAACAAGCGAUGUCUACAGAGACCUGGUAACCCUUCUGAAAAGCAAGUCUCCCCAUUUUGCAGAGAACAUAAAUAAACAGGAUUUUGCCGUUCAAGAAGAACCUCCAACACAAAAGGUCCAACAUGUGGAAUUGGUUGAUGCAGAGGAACAAGGCCAACCCCAGAGGUCUUACGAGCAUCAGGAAAAGAAUGUGCAUGAGAAGGCGAGACAACAGCUUGUGCAAAACAAGCCAGGCGGCAAAAAGAAAUUAGAACCAUCUUUGAAAUGGAAGAACCUCGGUCUCGCGUCUCCUUAUGAUGAAGCAGAUGACAAGAAAUCCCAAAAGAAUGCAGUGAGUGAAAAGUUAGCCGAGGCACGGGAGAAGAUGCAGAAGAAAGCCGAUGUCUCUGUGUCCUCCUUACCUGGUCGGCAGUCGUCUAAUAAAACUAAGACCCCGGGAGGAGCUGGUGGCGCCGAUGACUUCAGUGAGAGUUCAUCAGAGAGUGAGGAGGAUGAGGAGCAGCCAGAGCGCCGCACGGAGAGCAACACAGACCUGCCCUCAGAGUACUGGCAGAUCCAGAAACUGGUCAAGUACCUCAAGGGAGGCAACCAGACGGCCACUGUGAUUGCUCUGUGCUCCAUGAGGGACUUUAAUUUAGCCCAGGAGACGUGCCAACUGGCCAUCCGGGAUGUAGGUGGCCUUGAAGUCCUCAUUAACUUGCUGGAUACAGAAGAAAUCAAAUGCAAAAUUGGCUCUCUGAAGAUUCUGAAGGAGAUCAGCCGUAACUCUCAGAUCCGCCGGGCCAUCGCUGACCUGGGGGGCCUGCAGACCAUGGUGAAGAUCUUGGACUCCCCAGACAAGGACCUAAAAUACCUGGCCGCAGAGACCAUCGCCAACGUGGCCAAGUUCAGACGGGCCAGAAGGACAGUCAGACAGCACGGAGGGAUCAAGAGACUGGUAGAGUUACUAGACUGCGUGCCUGACUCGGCGGCCCUGACAGAGGAGCAGGAGAAGGACGUGGAGGUGGCUCGCUGCGGGGCCCUGGCCCUCUGGAGCUGCAGUAAGAGCACCAGGAACAAAGAGGCCAUCCGCAAGGCCGGGGGCAUCCCUCUUCUGGCUCGCUUGCUCAAGUCUCCCCACGAGAACAUGCUGAUCCCUGUCGUGGGAACCCUGCAGGAGUGUGCCUCCGAGAGAAGUUACAGGAUUGCCAUCCAGACGGAGGGUAUGAUUGAGGACUUGGUGAAAAACCUCAACUGUGACAACCACGAGCUACAGAUGCACUGUGCCAGUGCCAUCUUCAAGUGUGCAGAAGACAAGCGUACCCGUGACCUGGUGCGUCAGUGCGAGGGCCUGCAGCCCCUGGUGACUCUGCUGAGCCAGGCAGACAACAAGCAGCUCCUGGCUGCCACCACUGGGGCCAUCUGGAAGUGCUCCAUCAGCAUGGAGAACGUGGCUAAGUUCCAGGAUUACAAGGCCUUGGAGACCCUGGUGAGUCUGCUGACAGACCAGCCUGAGGAGGUGCUGGUGAACGUGGUCGGUGCGCUGGGCGAGGGGGCCCAGAAACCUGCUAACAGGGCCACCAUCAGGAAGUGUGGAGGCAUCCAGCCCCUGGUCAACCUGCUGACGGGAACCAACCAGGCCCUGCUGGUCAACGUCACCAAGGCUGUGGGAGCCUGCGCCACCGAGCUUGAGAAUAUGACGAUCAUUGACCGUCUGGAUGGAGUGCGUCUGCUCUGGUCCUUGUUGAAAAACCCAAACCCAGAUGUCCAGGCCAGUGCUGCAUGGGCCAUUUGUCCAUGCAUUGAAAAUGCAAAGGAUUCAGGGGAAAUGGUGCGCUCAUUUGUCGGUGGAUUGGAACUGAUUGUUAAUUUGCUGAAAUCAACAAACAAAGAGGUACUGGCGAGCGUGUGUGCCGCCAUAGCCAAAAUAGCCAAAGACGAAGAGAAUCUGGCAGUCAUCACUGACCACGGGGUUGUACCGAUGCUGGCCAAGCUGACAAACACAACUGAUGAUAAGCUGCGUCGUCACCUGGCUGAGGCCAUUGCCCGUUGCUGCAUGUGGGGCAGUAACAGGGUGUUGUUUGGGGAGGCGGGGGCCGUGGCCCCCCUCGUCCGUUACCUGAAAUCCAAGGACACCUCAGUCCACCAGGCCACAGCUCAGGCCCUUUUCCAGCUUUCCAAGGACCCCAACAACUGCAUCACCAUGCACGACAACGGAGUGGUCAAGCUCCUGUUGGGUAUGAUGGGCUCCACUGACGAGGUCCUUCAGGAAGCUGCCGCUGGCUGUGUGGCUAACAUCCGCCGCUUGGCCCUGGCCAAUGAAAAGGCACGGUACGGUUAAACAACCACCAUGAACCCCCCCCAGAUGCUACUAUGACCUCAUCAUCACUUGGAUGUCAUGAUUCCAGAUCUACUCCAGUAGCCUCCAGUAGCCUUUCAUCCACAGAGACUCAUCUCACUAUACCUCUAUCCUUCCCACCCAUCCCACUGAAUAUAAGAGUGAUUCCUUCUGCCUCCAUCUGUAAUAGCAGGAAGCGUUUAUUCUAUCCUACCCAUGAAUUUGGAUGAUUAUUUCAUUUGGAUUUCUUACAAACAUACUGUAUAGGAAAACUAUGUCUCCUCUCAAUUUGAUAAUAGCAAUAAAUGCUUUCUUUCUCCUG